AUGGCAACAGGCGGUUAUGGCUCCCGUUCAGAGGGUGCAGAAGAAAAUUUCUCUUGCCCUGUUUGUCUAGAAAUUCUGGAAAACCCUAUCUCGAUACCCUGCGGUCACACGUAAGUGUCAGCCAUCGAAAUCUUGUUGUUUUAACGAAAUGAGCAUAGUUUAUCUUAAAAUUUAGCAUUCGUUCUUUACUGUUGUUGAAAAAGCAGCAACUUUGACCCAAGGCAACAAACGGCCCAUUUUUGAACUUCCGUCAUGCAUCGAUGAAACCGGAAGUAACGAUCGCCGUCAUUGAUAGAGUAAUUUAACCUUAGAAUAAUUUGGAAUACAAUACCCCGAAUAAAACUAAGAAAAAACAAAACAAAACAAAAAAAAAACAAUCAAUCCACAUGUAUAACAUGAACUUUAAAAUUGCAGUUCCUAGAUGCCCAAAAUGAAAUUAGGUAGUGUAUCCUUUUUUCUGUGGAAACUGAUAGUUUUUCUCUCUUUCAAAUUCAGAUUCUGCCGUGACUGUUUGUCCUCUUGUGAAAAUGCGUCUGGAUCAUCCACCUGUCCUGUAUGUCGUACUAGCUUCAAUGCACAUCAGAAGUUUAAUGCUAGAGAUAUUGAACAGCAGAUAUAUCAAAGCCGUGGUUACUGUUCUGGCUGCAACAGACGGGUAACACUGUAUUAUGCAACUAUCAAUGUUGAUCUGGAGGGGGGGAGGGGAAGGCCAGGCAAAGGCCGAGGAUUUGAACUCGAAGCAAUUUUUGACGUCAAAUGCCCUACCCCUGGGCCAUCAUACUUGGUCAAAAGAGAACAAAUUCACUACCCCUCCAACUGACUAGAGGCCAAAUAUGUUUCAUUAAAGGGAGCAACAUACCAACUUUUUAAGAAAGCUGCAUCCAUUUAUUUUAACAAGUGUCAUUAAAAUGCUCUGGCGAAAUGCCAGCAUCAGGAAGGAAUGUUCUCCAGCUACGCAAUUUAACAAAUUGGUAGCUGUUAAACAAGCAAAUUUACUUGCUUUCAAACCUGGGCAAAACAUUUGUGUCAUGCAGUCGUACUGAAUAAGAGCCUAACUUCCUAAAGCUAUAAAGUAUAUGAAUGGAUGUAUUCAUUUAAGUAAGAAUAGAAAGGAUACCAUGUCACACUCUCCUUGGCUGCCAUCUUGCACAUGUCCAUAAAAAAAUACCCACAGAUCCUUGCAGGAACAGUGGCCACCAUCUUUGUUUACCAAUCCCCCUAGUAAUGUAACUGUUAACCAGCUGGUAACUAGGUCUUUUACAGCUUCCAAUCCAAGAUGGCAUCCGUAAUCGGAUGAAAUUCAAAAGUCAACACCACCCCGGACUUGGCAAUAAUCAAAAGUCCCUACCACGGGCCAACUUCCUCUGUCAAAUCCCCGGCCUUCCCCCCUGCCCAGAUUAACAUUCAAUCUUGAUGGGUGCAUUACUUGUCCCUUACCCUUGCUUUCGCUGUUGAGGACUGGCCUCCUCUUCUUACCCCUGAAGAUUAAAUAAAAUAAUAUUGCAUUCAUCCCUGAGAACUUCCUUGAAAUAUGGGUCUACCCCUUGAUGAAGAUGGGUCUACCCCUGAUGAAUUUCAUGAACAUUAUAGCUUCACGUCCGAAUAAUUCCUUAUUUUUUACUCUUCCCCUAAAGAAAUCCUCAAUUUUUAUAGUUGGUACAGAUGUUAAAAUGCAAUUAGCCCAAUCACUUCAACUUAACCCACCAGUAAAGUCAGUCAAUUUGGCAAAGUUAGACAUGUUUUUCUAACAAGUUUAUGACAAAAAAUGAUGAAAUCUGAGUUCCUAACAAGGAAUGGUAUUACACCUUUAUUGCUAUUUAUUCAAAAUAUUUCUCCAACUCUGAUGGCACAAAUUUCCUGGCUAAUUCUUCAUAUUCAGCUAACCAUUGAUCAAAUUUUAAAGAAGUUUGUGAUAUCCAAUAAAAUGAUGUGAGUAGUGCAGGAUAUCACCAGAAAAAACCAAUGUAAUGGAAAAGCUCUGGGGACAAGGUUGUGUUAGCCCUGCUGUUUUGGUAGAGCUGGAGAAAAUGAAAUAGAAGUCCUCGUGGUUUGCAUAAAGAAAAAAACAUAGCAAGAAUAGCAAAACUAUGACUUGAUGGCUGAUGGCAACUGCUAUUUGAAGAGCAUAAUGUGCUAGUAAGACUAAAUAUCUCAGCUGUAAUAUUCUGAUUUUGCCACUGGAGGAGGUUGUUCAGCCUUGGCAGAUAACACACCCCUCAAUCUGCAUAGUAAUUCUUCAGAUCAUGUCAUGUUUCAUUAUUUCAGUUUCCCAUGUCCAGAUUAAGAGCUCACAGAUCUUCAUGUUCCAGUUUGUCUACUUUACCUGUUGCAGCCACUCGUCAGCCUUUUCCAGGGUAAGGUGCCAAAAUAAGUUGCGUCACUAUACUUUUUUUUCUUCUAUUACUUUCUAAACUCCUGUGUGCAGACACACUCUUGUGUGUAGCAAAAUCAGUUUCCAUAACUAGAAUGUCUCAGUCAUAGCUUACAGUUAUUAUCCUUGAACAAGAGGUAAUUACUAGCAGUAUAAAGAAUAGAUGGCUACGCUUGGCAUUUUUAAGGUAUAGUGGGGAAAAAAAUACCACUGUACUAAAAUUACCAUUUUUUUUUGUCCUAUAUACUAUCAACACACACACAAAAAAACAUUGUACUGAAGAUCAAGAGAGCCCAGAAAGUAAAGAAGACUAAGGAUAUUUUCACACUCUACUGGAUAGCUCUUGUGCCUACACGAAAACCACACAAGAUAGGCUUAUAUCUGUUCACACAUAAGAUUGGUGAUUUUGGUGUGAUAUCUGUAACUUAGUGGAGCUAUACUUACUGCAGUCUCGAAAACACAUUGUCACAUAUCAAAGUAGCCUGCGUAGCAAGUGUUUCUGUUUGGUUUCGGAGCAAAGAAAGACCAAGGAACAGGAUUUUUGGUUUGGCCAUGCAAGAAAUAAAACGAGAGCCAAAAAAUGAAAGAAGGGGGAGAGGGAGGCCGAACAUUUUAUUUGCUCAAUUAUGACGGCAUCAAAUGUCGGUGCACAAACUCAGGCGUGACAGGCCAAGUGGGCGGUUUUUAAAUCCCAGUGUUUGUCUGCUAGCGUUUCCUUUCUUUCUUCCCCAUCCCCUUCCUGCUAUUUUACUUGUGCCAUUUUUCGCGUGGUCUUUGACGCUCGUUCCUCAUUCUUUGCUCCUAAACCACACGGAAACGCUGGCUGUGCAGGCUGCUGUCGAAGAGGUUUGCCACUCUUUGACACAGUGUGAGCAUGUAUUCAGAUCAUAAUGGUAGUAAAUGAGUAAGAGGGAGGAUGGGAACCCAUUGACACUGAAGUGAAAAGUCAAAAAUGAGGAGUGGGUCUCACUACAGCAAACCCUUGGCCAACUGCUCCAUCACAAUGUUUGAUGUAUUUCAUUGACUUAUUAGGGAGCUUUUAAAAAGAGCAAUGAUGACAGCGACGGCAACAGCAAAAAAACAAAAGGUUUAGAUCGGCAGAACAACAAUCACGCUAGUGCCUAAUUUCACCUUUUGUUGAGGAUGGGAACACACAACACCAGCUUUCUUUUUCUUUUCCUGAACUUUGAUACGGUGGUUUAGAAUUCAACUCAAAAAAAAUUUGACAACAUUUGACGAAUUGAACGAGAUGGAAUAAUUGCAAUAAAGUUUGAGGCAGCGCGAAUUCACUUUUUAAGUGACGUUUUCAUAGACGUUGUCGUUGUCGUUGCUUAAAGGAGCUGUGUCACGAAAUUCAACUGUAUUAGGUUAUUACAAAAUGCCUUUUAAAGUAAGAGAAACAUAAAAAUAACCGCUUAAAACAUUAAAGGAAGGUUAAAGUAACACAACAGAUACAACAGAUUCCACGGAUGGGCAAAACUGAAGAAGAUUGAAACGGAUUUAAAUUAGGGUUUUUGAAAGCUGUUCAGCCUAACAGUUUUUCAAAGUUUAUCUCUGCUGUUUGCAACUUCAAAAAUAAUGCUCAAGAGACAUAUUUGUCUGUCUCGAAUUUCUGAUUUUCUCAUUUACAUGAAAUGUCUUUGCUUACUUUAAGUUCCAUAGCGAUUGAGGGCGAGUAAUUGACAAAAUUAAACAAAAUGAACUGGACUGCCGUGACACAGCCCCUUUAAGCUCCGUAUUUUUUCCAAUUCUGUGCUAUUUCCAUUCAUACUGUACGAGAUAGCUUUUUAUGUUGGCACAAAAAGCUAUGGUAUAGUAUAGACAUUACCUAAAUCAUUCCCUUGAUAUGCGUCUAUCUGCGGAGUUUAUAUACAUGUUAAGGGCAGGGCCCAUAAACAGAGCUGUCCACCCAUUUUCAACUUCUUUUUUGAUGUUUAUUUUUCAGGGUUGUAAACCGAUCAACAUUCACCUGCCCGUACUGCUACCAGUCAAAUUUAGACAACAAAGGAUUAUUACAACAUGUAAACAACAAUCACAAAAAUGAACAGCAAUCUGUGGUGAGUGACCUCUUUGACAUGUUUGGUGUAUGAGAAGAAAUUAUGAAGAUACUGUGUUGUUUGAAAAUCGCAAAGAAAUUUUUUAAAUAUUAUCCCUCAUUUUUCAGGUUUGUCCAAUCUGUGCCAACAUGCCAUGGGGGAAUCCCCAUCAAAAAAGUGGGAACUUUGUCCAACAUCUUAAUUUACGUCACAAAUUUGAAUAUGAUACAUAUGUGGUAAGACAACUUUGAUCUAGCAUUUAAUACCAGUUUAUAUUAAAUUGAGUUUAUGUUAGCUUCUGAUCUCAAGGGGAUGUCCUGGGACUCUGAAUGCAUUGGUUUUGGGUGGGAAAGCUAGGACUCUGAAACUUUUUGCCUGAGACAUUGGAGUAUGUUCUUGUCUUACCAUAGACUAUCGAUAAUAACUACACACUCUAAUGAUCAUACCACCUGAUACACAGUGAAUUCAGAAGGUUUCAAAAUAAAAGUUUAAAGUUUGGAAGGAAGAGUUGCAAACACGAAGUGUUUGGGCAAGGCCCUCCAAGGCCACCUAAGACGUGUCCAUAUACGGUGGAAGCCCACCUUAUGGCCACCUCAGUACUACAGUCCCCUUGUUAUUAACGCAGUUCCACUGUAGUAAUAUAUUAUAAGGCCAUACUCCCGCCCAGGGGUCUGAUAUGUCUGUGAAUUGCCACUCUGAUCACUGAAGGAGUGUCAUAAUGUUUGUUUUUUCCUCUCACAGGAUUUCAGUAGUGAUGAAGAUGCUGUUCUUCAGCAAGUUCUGGCUCAAUCUUUACACGAUAAUUGAGUGAACAUACUUUAAUCUAAACAGUAGUUUCUUGGUGUUGCAGAUGGGUGUGAUCACCAAAUGAUGUAAUACAAAAAAUUGAAAGACCAUGGAACAGUACCGGUGAAAAUCACAAAACAAAAGUGAACCAACAACAGUUUCGGCAACACCAAGAAAAACCCAUUCAAACAGUUCAGCAAAUCAUCAUAAAAUUUAUUUAUCUUAGUUAAAUUUUUUGCACAGUUUCUGUCCUCAAGUAAAGCCUUUGUAGUUGGUGAAGAUAAAUUUCAGCAGUAUUUAUAAUAAAUCAAAUACAGAAAGAACAGUCACUGAUGGAGAAAUUUGGGAAUUAUUAACCAUUCACAACCCUAAAUAUUAUGAAUAACUUAUUAUUUUUUGGCUGGAUUGUAAUAAUGCUUAAAUAAGGGCUAUUUGUUUGGCAAACUAGAAAUCAAAACAUACAUUUACAAAGAAAAUAUUUAAGCAAAAAAAAUUUAUAGUGUCCUCUAUUUGGUUUUAUGUUCCAUUUUUUAAUGAGCUGUACAAAAUUUCAGAGAUAGCUCAUUCUAACCCA